AACCAUUUUUUUUUGUAGGAAAACAAGAGAAAUAAAGAGCGUUCUCCGUCCGCUUUUCACUGGCAGUACGAAAACAACGACGGAGCAGAGAACAGAAAAAAAAGAACCAGAACAGAAGCCACAUAAUCCGAGGCGUCAUUUUCCACCAUUUUAUUUGAGUGAUUCGUGUGAUUUCUGCUGUGUCAGCUGAAUAAAUUUCAAUUGCAAGAUGAAGCUGCUGCUCCUGGUGGCCACCGCGGCCUCCGUGGCGGCACUCUGCGCCGGAGAACCGUCGCUGCUAUCCGAUGAGUUCAUCGAGGUGGUGCGCAGUAAGGCCAAAACCUGGACGGUUGGGCGCAAUUUCGAUGCCUCCGUGACGGAGGAGCACAUCCGCCGCCUGAUGGGCGUCCAUCCGGAUGCGCACAAGUUCGCGUUGGCCGAAAAGCGAGAGGUUCUGGGCGAGCUCUAUACCGCCGUGGAUGGGGAUCUUCCCGAGGAGUUCGACGCCCGGAAGCAGUGGCCAAACUGCCCGACCAUCGGCGAGAUCCGCGACCAGGGAUCCUGCGGCUCCUGCUGGGCCUUCGGAGCCGUGGAAGCCAUGUCCGAUCGGGUGUGCAUCCAUUCCGGCGGCAAGGUGAACUUCCACUUCUCGGCCGACGAUCUGGUGUCCUGCUGCCACACCUGCGGCUUCGGCUGCAACGGCGGCUUCCCCGGCGCCGCCUGGAGCUACUGGACGCGCAAGGGCAUCGUCAGCGGAGGACCCUACGGAUCCAAUCAGGGCUGCCGUCCGUACGAGAUUUCGCCCUGCGAGCACCACGUGAACGGAACCCGUCCGCCCUGCGCCCAUGGCGGUGGAACGCCCAAGUGCCAGCACGUCUGCCAGAGCAGCUACACGGUGGACUAUGCCAAGGACAAGCACUUCGGCUCCAAGUCGUAUUCGGUGAAGCGCAAUGUGCGCGAGAUCCAGGAGGAGAUCAUGACGAAUGGACCCGUCGAGGGUGCCUUCACCGUCUACGAGGAUCUCAUUUUGUACAAGGAUGGAGUCUAUCAGCAUGAGCACGGCAAGGAGCUGGGCGGCCAUGCCAUUCGCAUCCUCGGCUGGGGCGUUUGGGGCGAUGAGAAGAUCCCCUACUGGCUCAUCGGCAACUCGUGGAACACCGACUGGGGCGAUCAUGGCUUCUUCCGCAUCCUGCGUGGCCAGGAUCACUGCGGCAUCGAGAGCUCCAUUUCGGCGGGUCUGCCCAAGCUGUAGGAUGUAUUUGUAUGAUGAUUAUGAUGAUGUGUAUGGCGGAAGGCCGCUGGCUGAUAUAUCAACCCUCUAUUUUCUAUCGCCUCCUCUUAUUUCCAUUCCCGUUCGCGUUCGCAAAUGACGUUUGUAGUUAAUGUAAACAACAAAACCUGAUUGAUAAUAAAGUAUUGUACAUGACUGUGGAA